AUGGAUAUUGUUGUUGCCAAUACUGGAACUGACAAUGUAGGCGUAUUUCUAUUAUACGAUAAUGGUUAUUUUGCUAGUCAAAUGACGUAUCCGACAGGUCAUGGUUCAGCUCCACGCAUGGUUGUUGUCGGUGAUUUCAAUAAUGAUAAUCAACUGGAUAUAGCAGUCGCGAACUUCGGUACUAAUAGUAUAGGGAUCCUUCUCGGAAAUGGUGACGGAAAUUUUAGCAAUCAAACAGCCAUUGAUACCACAUCUUCUCGCCCAUUGUGCCUAGCUCUUGGCGAUUUCAACAAUGAUAAACAACUUGAUAUUGCGAUAGCCAAUUAUGGAACUAACAGUAUAGGUGUAUAUUUAGGACUCGGUAAUGCCAGUUUCACAGCACUGAAAACUAUGUCCACUGGCUUUGAUUCUCUUUCGUAUGCAGUCGCAGUUGGUGAUUUCAACAACGACAAUAAACUCGAUAUCGCCUUCGCUAAUUUUGGCAUGCACAAUAUAGGCAUAUUUCUCGGAAACGGGGACGGAAUUUUUGCCAUGCAAACUACGUAUGCAACUGGCACUAAUUCUCAUCCGUACUUCAUUGCAAUUGCUGAUCUGAACAACGAUGGACAACUUGACAUUGCUGUCGUUAAUUCAGGAACGGAUAACUUAGCGAUACUUCUCGGAUAUGGAAAUGGAAGUUUUGCUCUACCAGUAGUCUAUUCCACAGGUCCUAAUUCCAAUCCGGUAUUCAUCGCCAUUGCAGAUUUUGAUAAUGAUCACAAACUUGACAUUGUAGUCGCCAACAAUGGUACUAACAGUGUGGGUGUAUUUUUUGGAAAUGUCGAUGGAACGUUCGAGCACCAGAUUAUUUGUUCCACUGGCCCUCAAUCCAGUCCGCGCUCGAUUGGCGUUGCUGAUUUCAACAACGACAAUAAACUAGAUAUUGCUAUUGCCGAUAAACAAAAUAAUCAUGUGAUGAUUUUCAAUGGAUUUAGCAAUGUCACAUUUGCAAGUCAAAUAACCUAUUCAUCUGGCACCGAUUAUUAUCCUGUUGGCAUUCUUUUAUAUCCAACUGGAGAUGAUUCUCACUCGUACUCAAUCGCUGUCGGUGAUUUUAACAACGACAGUCGACUAGAUAUCGCCGUCACCAAUUCUGGCACGAACAAUAUAGGUGUUCUGCUUGGGUAUAGUAACGGAACUUUUACAAGUUCAAUGACGUAUUCAACUGGUAUUGAUUCCAAUCCAGUCGCCAUUGCCUUAGGUGAUUUCAACAAUGAUAAUCAACUCGAUAUCGCUGUUGCCAACCAUGGCACGGAAAACGUAGCUAUUCUUAUUGGAUAUGGGAACGGUAGUUUUUCAAGUCCAGUGACUUGUUCAACUGGUAUCGAUUCCGGUCCGAAAGCGAUCGCUAUAGGCGAUUUUAACAAUGAUGGCCGACUUGAUAUCGUCGUCGCCAAUACUGGCUGGAAUAACGUAGGUGUUUUUCUUGGAUAUGGCAAUGGAACGUUUGAAGAUCAAAUUACUUAUUCAACUAGAUCUGAUUUCAGUCCACGUGCGGUCGCUGUAGUCAUUGGCUAUUUUAAUAACGACAGUUGCCUUGAUAUUGCAGUCGCAAAUAGGGGUGCUGACAAUCUGGGCAUUUUCUUCGGUUAUGGAGACGCAACAUUUUGGAGUCAAACGAUUUAUGCAGCUGGAGAUGGUUCUGGUCCAAUAUCAAUUGCUGUAGGCGACUUCAAUAGUGACAAUCGAACUGAUAUUGCCGUUGCAAAUCAAAAGGCAUCUACUGUUGGUGUUUUUCUUGCGUUCAUUAAUACAAGCUUUGAAUAUAACACUGCAUGUUCUACUGGAUCUGCUGCACAUCCUGAAGCCAUUGCUGUCAGUGACUUAACCAACGAUGGCGAAAUUGAUGUCGUCGUUGGCAACCAUGGUACGCACAGUAUUGAUGUACUUUUUAGAUAUGAAAAUGGAAGCUUUUCAACGAAGACUGUUUACUCAGAGGAUUUGACAUUUUAUCCUGCAUGCAUCGUCCUCAGUGAUUUCAACAAUGACAGUCAUCUGGAUAUCGCCAUCGCUAAUUCAGUAGGAGAUGACAUAUAUCUUCUUUUUGGAGAGGAAAAUGAAACCUUUGUAAAUUAUACGACGUAUUCAACGGGUAUGGGUUCCAAUCCUCAGUCGAUCACUAUUGGUGAUUUCAACAAUGACUAUCGACCAGACAUUGUCGUCGCCAAUUCUGGUACUGGAAGUGUUGGCGUACUUCUUAGUGGUGACAGUGUGGAUUUUGAAAGUGUGAGAGCCUUUUCAACUCGAUCUGGUUCGAAGCCUCAUGGCUUGGCAGUUGGGGAUUUUAACAAUGAUGGCCGACUUGAUAUCACUGUUGCCAACAAUGGGGAUGCCAAUAUAGGAUUCUUUUUCGGGGUAGGUGACGGUAACUUCUCCAAUCAAAGUACCGUCUCACUUGACGAAGGUAUAUAUCCACAAGAAGUCGAUGUGGGCGAUUUCAACAAUGACAAUCAACUCGAUGUUGUUGUUACUACUAAUAUGCUUCCAGCACCAAUUAUUGUGCUUCUUGGGAAUGGCAAUGGCUCUUUUCAAAUUAAAAUGACGUCUGGGGCUCCUCGCGCAGAUGUAGUCAGAGUUGGUGAUUUCAACAGCGAUGGUCGACUCGAUAUUAUCGUUAAUAAUCCUAACAAUAAGGCUGUAAGUGUUCUUCUUGGAGAUGGCAACGGGUCUUUUGGAAAUAUAUUGAUCUAUCCAAAUAGUGAUAAUUCCGACACGCAUGGGCUAGUAGUUGGCGAUUUCAAUAAUGAUGGUUGGCUAGAUUUUUCCGUUGCUUAUUCUGACGCUCACAGCAUAGCUGUUUGCUUCGGGUAUGGUGAUGGCAGUUUUUCAAAUCAAAGAACUUAUUUAACUGAUAUUGAUUCCAAUCCAUUUGCUCUCGCCGCCGCCGAUUUUAACGACGAUGGACAACUAGAUAUCGUCGUUGCGAAUAAAAAAACAUCCAAUGUGGGUAUAUUUCUUGGGUAUGGCAACGGCAGUUUUUCAAAUUCAACGACUUAUCCAACAGGCAUUAAAUCUGAUCCGUGGUCGCUCGCUAUCGGAGAUUUCAACAAAGAUGGUCGACUGGAUAUCGUCAUUGCCAAUUAUGGUAGCGGUACUGUGGGCAUUCUUCUUGGACAUAUCAACGGUACUUUUUUCAAUCAAAUUACCUAUGCCACGGGCGAUAAUUCCAUCCCUUAUGGGGUAGCCGUUGGCGACUUCAAUAACGAUGAUCGGGUAGACAUCGCGUAUUCGGAUAUGCUAAGAGAAAAUAUAGGUGUAUUUCUUGGAUAUGCUAGUGACACUUUACUUGCUACAGAACCUUAUCAAAUCGGAGAGUCUUCUGAACCAGUAAGCAUAGCUGUAGGGGAUUUUAAUAAGGAUACUCUUUUGGAUGUUGCCAUCGCUGAUCAAGGAACCAACGAACUAAUUAUACUCUACGGAUCUGGGUAUGGUACGUUCACAAGUCAAGCAAAGUAUUCAACUGGUGAUAAUUCUUAUCCGAAUUCUGUCGCCGUUGGUGAUUUCAACCAAGAUCAUCAACUAGAUAUCGCUAUUGUCAAGUCCGGCACGAAUAGUAUUGGAAUUUUUCUUGGAAAUUGGAAUGGCACUUUCUCUAGUCUAACGACAUAUUUGAUUGAAGAUUUCUCUUCACUGCGGUCACUGAUUAUAGGUCUAUUUGAUAAUGAUACUGCGCUUGAUCUUGCAGUCGCUAAUUAUGGCGCCAACAACAUUGCCAUUUUGCUUGGUUAUGGCAAUGGAAGUUUUGCAAGUCCAGUGUUUUUCACAUCUGGCUUCGGCUCACAUCCGGCUGCGAUGGCCUUCGGUGAUUUGAACAUACAUAAUACGACUGGCAUUUUUGUCUGCAACAGCGGAUACAGCACCAUAGACAUUCUGUCAAAGACCUGUUAGUGUUCUUCGGAAGUAAAAACAUACAUCAUUCUCAUUUGUUUUAAAUAACUUUUUCGUCAACUCCUUUGAAAAACAUGUUAAUCUCGCUUACUUUUUGAAACUCGAUUUAAAAGAAGUCAACUAUAGUGCCGGACAAAAGUUCUGGGAGGGUGUGGGUGAGGGGUGUGGGUAUGUGGGUGUGGGUGUGGGUGAGGGUGUGGGUGUGGGUGUGUGGG